UGCACCACCUAGCUGCCCCUCUUUCUCAAUUUCUUAUCACUACAAGAGCCAGUCUCUCAUACAGGAGCUAAUGGUCAUAACCCAGAUUGUUUCUCUCUUCUCUUGUAAACUGACUAGCUAUGAAAAACUCUUCAUCCUUUCCUGUUGUCCACUCUCAGUCUGAAGGAACCUUUCCAGGAAACCCCCAUUUUCUAGAAAAACACAAUUCUGGAUUCAGGCCACUAUAGCUUUAAUUUCUAGAGUAGUCAAAAAUGAGUCAUAAAAUAGACAGGUAGCAGUAGUAUCCAAAAUUUUCUAAGAAAGUGCUCCUUGGGUCACGAGUCCUUGCAUAAUUCCAAUUAUAAAGAAAGGCCUUUAAUGAGCAGCUAGUUAAAAUCAAGAGUUUCUUAGGAUCUCUUUUCAGCCGUAUAGGCACACAGACUUGCAAGGAACAAAAGCAUUAGCAUCUUUUCUUGUUGUUGUUAUUUGUUUUGGUUGUUUUUGCGGGGCAAUGAGGGUUAAGUGACUUGCCCAGGAUCACACAAAUAGUAAGUGACAAGUGUCUGAGGUCGGAUUUGAACUCAGGUCCUCCUGAAUCCAGGGCCAGUGCUUUGUCCACUGCGCCACCUAGUUGCCGCCCCCCAUCAGCUGCUUUUAAGAAGAAUCCUUCUUCCCAUCUCUCAUCCAAGCUUGGCUAUUUACUGCCCUUUCUUACCCUGGUUCUCUAAAGGCUGUCUCCCCUAAACGUUGUAGAAUGGGCUGUGGCUUCCUCUUAACACAAGCCGUUUCGUUUGCAACAUGUGAAAUACCCUAAUGAUUGCCAGGAGAAGACAGGGGCGCAUCACUGACUGAAGGAUGAGCUCCUUUUAAACGAACACAAAAUAACACUUAUAUGUAUGCGGUUUGGGGCAAACUUGUGAAUGCUUCCAGCGUUGAUCCAGAUCACCCUGUAGAAAAGAUAUUACGAACUUUGUCAAAUUCAGACCAGAAUUCAAGAUACGGCGUCUAAAAGGAAGUGCUCAGUAUUUGAGAAAUUAACAGCAUUAACACGAAUAUAAUUGAAUGAACCGCGUGGUGGCGCUCCACACUAAGAAGAGGGCCAAAGGAUCUGCGGAUACGUCAACACAGAGAAAGACUGUCGGGAAGGAGAAAGGAAUCCUUGCUAGCUGAAACUGGGGGAAAGAACUCUGUCUUGCAUAUUUCUGAGGUUUCAACAGGACGGGAGACAAUUGUAGCCUCUGGUUGCCAUUUUCCGUCAAGCUGCGCUACACAGAUUGAGAGAAGGGGGCCAAGGGAACAAUGGAGCGGGAAGGGACGAUGAUUCUGCAACAAAGGCAAGUUCUUUUUUUCUUUGUUCUACUGGGUGUGUCUGGGGUAGCCUCAGAGCUGCAGCAGUUUUCGGUAGUGGAGGAGAUGGAGAGAGGCUCCUUUGUGGCCAAUGUGGCAAAGGCCCUGGGCCUGGAGGUUGGGGAGCUGUCAAACCGCGGCGCCGGAGUUGUUUUCAAAGGGAACAAAGAAUAUUUACAACUGCACCCUAAAACCGGGGAUCUGCUCCUGAGAGAGAAAUUGGACCGGGAGGAGUUGUGCGGCCCCGCGGACCCUUGUGUUCUGCCUUUCCAGAUCUUACUGGAAAACCCCUUUCAGAUUGUUCGGGCUGAAUUGACGGUGGAAGACGUUAAUGACCAUUCACCAGUGUUCCUAGACACUGAGAUGGUAUUAAAAAUCCCCGAGAACACUUUCCCCGGAACUGUAUUUAUACUAGAAAAUGCGCAAGAUUUAGAUGUAGGAACUAACAGUCUUCAGAACUACACGAUCAGUCCCAACUCUCAUUUCCACAUUCAAAUCCGGGAUAGUAGCAAGGGCAGGAGAUAUCCAGAGCUUGUACUGGAUAAAGUUCUGGAUCGGGAGGAACAGCCUGAAGUUCGAUUGACUCUCACUGCAGUGGAUGGGGGAGCCAUACCAAGGUCUGGGACUGUGCAAAUCCGAAUCCUUGUAGUCGAUAUCAAUGACAAUGCCCCAGUAUUUACUCAGUCCCAGUAUGAGGUUCAGAUCCCUGAGAACAGUUCCAUUGGAUCCCUAGUUGUCACAGUCUCAGCAACAGAUUUAGAUGCAGGAAAUAACGCAGAUAUAUCGUAUACAUUUUUACAUGCCUCUGAAAACAUUCGUAAAACUUUUCAACUAUCAGAGAAAUCUGGGGAACUUUAUUUAAAGGAAGAAGUAGAUUUUGAGUCAAUUCAGUCUUACACUAUAAAUAUCCAGGCCACAGAUGGUGGAGGCCUUUCAGCAGAAUGUACUGUUAUUGUUCAGGUGAUAGAUCUGAAUGACAAUCCUCCAGAACUGACCAUAUCUUCACUUACCAGCCCCAUACCAGAGAAUUCUCCUGAGACAGUGGUCGCUGUUUUCAGAGUUUCAGAUCUGGACUCUGGGGAAAAUGGAAAGAUGGUUUGCUCCAUCCAAGAUGAUCUUCCUUUUGCCCUGAAACCUUCUGUUGAGAACUUCUAUACAUUGGUAACAGAGGGAGCACUGGACAGAGAGAGCAGGGCAGAGUACAACAUCACUAUUACAGUCACAGAUUUGGGAUCCCCCAGGCUCAAAUCUGAGCACAAUAUCACAGUGCUCAUCUCUGAUGUCAAUGACAACCCCCCAGUGUUUACUCAGAGAACCUACAAACUGUAUGUCCAGGAGAACAACAGCCCUGCCCUCCACAUUGGCAGUGUCAGUGCCAGUGACAGGGACUCAGGAAUCAAUGCCAAAGUCACCUACUCCCUACUGCCUCCAGAGACUGGAGACCUGCCCCUCUUCUCCUACAUCUCCAUCAACUCAGACAAUGGUCACCUCUAUGCUCUGAGAUCCCUGGAUUAUGAAGCCAUCCAAGCUUUCCAGUUCACUGUGAGGGCAACUGAUGGAGGCUCCCCAGCCCUGAGCAGCCAGGCUCUGGUUGAGGUUUUGGUACAAGAUGAGAAUGACAACUCUCCCUUUGUGCUGUACCCCCUGCAGAAUGGUACAGCUCCCUGCAAUGACCUGGUGCCCAGAGCUGCAGAGCCAGGUUACCUGGUGACCAAGGUGGUGGCUGUGGAUAGGGACUGGGGACAGAAUUCCUGGCUUUCCUACCAACUGGUCAAGGCCACAGAGCCAGGACUCUUCAGUGUGUGGGCCCACAAUGGGGAAGUUCACACAGCAAGACCCAUCAGUGAGAGAGAUGCCAUCAAGCAGAGGCUCCUGGUGCUGGUGAAGGACAAUGGGCAGCCUCCUCUGUCCACAGCAGCCACGCUGAAUGUGCUCCUGGUGGAUGGCUUUUCUGAGCCCUACCUGCAGCUCCCAGAUGCAACCAAGGAGGAGGUCCAGACUGACUCCCUUACCACCUACCUUGUCAUUUCCCUGGCCUCUGUCUCCUUUCUCUUCCUAGUCUCUGUUAUUAUAUUCAUUGUCAUUCGCCUUUGGAAGAGGAAGAGGAAUGCUAGUGAAGGUAGGCAUUUUGAUCCAAAUGGUCCUUUCCCAAGCUACUUGGUGGAUGUCAGUGGGACAGGGACUUUGUCCCAGAACUACCAGUAUGAAGUGUGUCUGACCAGUGGCUCAGGAACCAAUGAAUUCAAGUUCCUGAAGCCCAUUAAUCCCACCCCUCUUCCUACUCAGACAACUGGGAAAGACUCUAGUGAGAACCCAAACUUAAGGAAUAGCUUUUUCUUUACUUAAUGUUUUGACCUCUAUUUCAGUAAACUAUUCUCUACCCCCAUUGUUUUUUUUCUUUCCAUUUCUAAAAAGACACUUCUGUGAUAUUCCAUUUUAUUAUCUUCCUCCUCUUUUUCUACUUUCAGAAACAUUUUCUUCUUCUCUAUGCUUCCUUAGUCUGAAAAGCCUUAAUUCUCUAGGCUUUUUAUUCUUUUGUAUUGUUUUUUUCUAGGUUACUCAAAUCUCCCAGUUUUUAGGAAUGAAUGAACAAUAAUACAUUCUUCAUCAUAUUACAAACUUGGUUUUUUAAUGCUUGUCAUUAAGAAUUUAGCAAAUGUGUUGAACAUACUUAGACUUGAUUUCUAUUGAAUUCUCUCUUUCAUUUAUCAUUUUCUGUAUCACAUUUUAGAAAAUGUUUCCGAAAGUUCAUUCUUUUCUUGGUGAAUACAAUUGUGUUUCUCUGGAAUGGUAAUUCAGGUCUGAUUCAUUUGUAUUUUUGUCCUUUACUUUCUCUUUUGCGUUAUGAAAUUUUCAAAGAGGUUCUAUGAUUUUACAACUUUGUUACUGUGGUCACUAUAAUUUUAGACAUACCCAUAGUCAUAUUCCUUGAUAUUUAUAUAGAUUUCUGUUGGAUAAUAUUUUUUAAACAUUGUAAUACAUCGAAAACACUUUUUUUAGUAUAUAUGUUUUCCCUCAAUUUCAUGUAAACAAACCCUUUUUACAUUUUUAAAAAUUUGAGUUCCAAAUAUUCUCCCUCCUUGAGAGAACAAGCAACUUUAUAUACAUUAUACAUGU